ACUAGGAGUAAAAGAAACGAAAAUGGCGGGUUUGCUCCGCCACGUCGCCGCCGCCCUUCUCUGCCUCGUCGCGCCCGCCUCCCUCGCCGGCGCUUCCACGUAUUACGCAUCGGAUCCUAACCUCGGAUCCGCCCGCGUCGUCUUCCAGACAAAUCAUGGUGACAUUGAGUUUGGCUUCUUUCCUCACGUUGCACCUAAGACAGUUGAACACAUCUACAAACUCGUCCGGCUGGGAUGUUAUAACACAAAUCACUUCUUCCGGGUUGACAAGGGUUUCGUUGCACAAGUUGCUGAUGUAGUUGGAGGCAGAAAAGCCCCUAUGAAUGAAGAGCAGGAACGACAGGCGGAGAAAUCAAUUAUUGGUGAAUUUAGUACUGUCAAGCAUGUCAGAGGAAUUCUCUCAAUGGGAAGGUACUCUGACCCAGACAGUGCAUCCUCUUCCUUUUCUAUCCUUCUUGGUGAUGCUCCACACCUUGAUGGCCAGUAUGCUGUAUUUGGGAGGGUCACUAAGGGUGAUGAUACGUUAAGAAAACUAGAGCGUCUGCCAACCCAUAAAGAAGGCAUUUUUGUGAUGCCUCUUGAGCGAAUUGAAAUUCUAUCGACAUACUAUUAUGAUAUUGAAGUAGAGGGCUGCGAAGCAGAGAAGUCUAUUCUUAAGAGAAGACUUUCUGAAUCAGCAUCAGAAGUUGAGAGAUGGAGACGAAAAUGCUUCGUGUGAUCCAGCAGUUGAACGGCGAGUAAGAUGGCAUGUUUUUGGGCCUCAUGACAUGCGUUUCCAAUGGACAUUCAUAUGCCUCGGAAAGAAACAAUAUUGUACUUGUUGUCCAAAUGCAUUGAAUUAUGUAAUUUUACUCCGACUAGAACCUUGUACUUUUGGCAAACUUGAAUAUACCUCAGAGUCCAAUCCUUAUAAAAAAACUGAUAUGCUGUUCCUGUUCUGCAUAUCUAUGUGCACUGUGAAGACUGAUGUUUAAGACAGUUUGUAUCCUCUUUUUUUUGAA